UAUAUAUUGUUAUUCAUCCUGUUAAGGGUGUCUUCAUAAACCAAGCCUUCUCCAAAAUUACUCAAUCACAGGCGCAUACUUCUGUUGAAAGAAAACGUCAAGGUCUAGCGAACACACAUCAUGGAGAAGGCAGUGCUGGUUUUCGCUUUGUUGAUUACCCUCAUGGCUGUACAUACACCACGGGACGUACUGGCUCAACAACAAUCUUACUCGUCUCAACAACAACAAUCUGACAUCACUCAAGGGUCUAUCCAGUCGCCUGCGAACGCCAUUGUCACUGUGGCUCUGGAGGAAUUAGACGCCAACAACGAUGAUAAGAUCGAAUUGUCCGAAGUUGGAGAUUUCAUCGACAGAUACGUGCUUGGAACUGGACCAGCGCGAUCGAGAAAUGCAGAGGUAAAAGGCUAUCUACUGACAGUGGUCAGCCUAAUUGACUUGGACGACAAUGGAUUGGUCACUAGAACCGAGUUACGGCGAGCUGCAUCAAAACUGAUAAAUCUGGCAGGUGUUGUUCAAGUCGGCCGUGCCAUUGAGCUACCGCUUAACUACAAGCACGGAGAUUUGGAUCUCAAUGCCAUGGCCGAAGGCAUAGCUGUUGAUUUUCAGAAUAUCCACGACACCAACAACGACGGACUGUUAAGCUCAGGGGAAAUUGAGACUUUAUUGGACCGGAUAGUAUUCGACUGGAGCAGAGCGUUCAUUGAUGGACUCGCCACAGAUUCGGACACCAACAACGAUGGAAACCUCAGCCAAUCAGAGACCCGACAGUUUCUGUCAAACAUGGCAACAAAUUACUCUUUCAUUCUGCGACGUAUUUACAUCUACAUCCGGGUACACAGAUUGGCGGGAAAACAGGCGGCCGACGAGUGGGCCGCGGCUGUUCACUGAGUCUGGGGUGGGGGUGUUGAAAUAAUAGAGAUCUAAGCUCAGCAGUAUAGAUAUACUGUAACUAAAGAAUAGCUAUGCAUUUAAUGAAUCGCCUAAAUUAUAUGUCUGAUGUACUGAUGAUUUGCUGAGUUAAGUGCUCAUUUUUGUUACACGAAAACUAAUGGUAAUCAUCUUGGGAAAUAAAUAAAAGCAUUUUAAAACAA